AGAGAUACUACAAAUAAAAAGAACAAAAAUUGAUCACAAUGAGGGGGGAAAUGUCAGUAGAAGAUGAGUUUUCCAAGAUGCAUCCUUGCUAUGAUCCCAUUCGUACGAGGAUCGCGAUUGUGGGAGCAGGUCCCAGUGGUUUAUCUGCUGCCUAUGCACUCUCUAAGCUUGGUUACUCAGAUAUUACUGUGCUGGAGAAACAUCACUCUGUCGGAGGCAUGUGUGAAUCAGUUGAACUUGAAGGAAGAAUCUAUGAUUUGGGAGGUCAAGUUCUUGCGGAAAAUAGUGCUCCUACUAUAUUUCACUUGGCCAAAGAGAUUGGGGCUAAAACUGAAAAACUAGACAAACAUAAAUUUGCAACUAUUGACAGCUCUUCCGGAGAGUAUAAUGACUCGAAAGUGGUAGAUGAUUAUGUUUCUGUGAUCUCGCUCACCUUAAAGAUUCAGGAUCAGGUAAAAGAUUCGGAUAAAAUUGGGGUCCAUGCUGUUAGCGAAAUUGCUUCAGAUUCAGCUCCUCGUUUCUUAGAGACUCAUGGGUUCAAAGCGAUACCAAAAUCAGUGGCAUAUGGAUAUACUGCAUCUGGAUAUGGAUAUGUACAAGAUAUGCCAUAUGCUUAUGUUCAUGAAUUCACAAGGACUUCCAUGGCUGGAAAAAUUCGUCGAUUUGAAGGAGGCUACACAAGUGUUUGGAGGAGAUUAAGUGAAUCAUUACCUAUAAAUGUCCGAUGUGAUACUGAAGUAUUAGAAGUCAAACGUGAUUCAGGUAGCGUUGCUGUCAGUGUAAGGGGUAACACAGGGGAGGAAGAAGUAUUGGAAUUUGAUAAAAUCAUUAUUUCUGGUAGCUUUCCUUUCAGAAGCGCGAAAACAUACAGGGCAUCUUCAUCUAUUACUACAGAAAAUGGAAAGGAGGUCAUGGUUAUGAGUGAGCUUGAGAGGGAAUUGUUCGGAAAAGUAUAUAUAAUUGAUUACUACACAACUGCCUUGAAGAUAAAGGGGUUUGAGCACAUUCCAAUGGGCUUUUAUUACUUUGCGGAGUUCAUGGAUGAUCCCACAUCAAUUGGAAAUCCUGUUGCAAUGCAGAAAUUUUAUGCAGACACAGACAUAUUCUUGUUCUGGUCAUAUGGAAACUCAACAAAUAUUAAGGGGGAAGAAAUAAUAGAAUUUGCAAGAAAUGCAGUAGCACGUAUGGGAGGUGAAGUUGUAAAGACUAUUUUGCAACGUCGAUUCAGAUAUUUUCCUCAUAUUAAAUCUCAAGAUAUGAAGGAUGGGUUUUACAACAGAAUGGAAUCAGAAUUGCAAGGUCAGCUUAAUACUUACUAUGUGGGGGGACUCAUGGCAUUUGAGCUGACAGAAAGGAAUUCAACUUAUGCAAUGGCUCUCGUCCGCAAGCACUUUGCAAAUAACAACCUUCAGCCAAAAUUUCCAUAUGUGAAGAGGCUAUUCACAUUGCAAUCACAUAGACGGUCAGGCAUCACUAAGAAAUUAGAUGAAUCCCCUGGUUUGGAGUUUCCAGACCUUUUCUCCCUUGAUGAUUUUCUGCGUCAUUGGGGUACUCAUAGUGUCACCGGGAACAAGAUCCUUUACAACUGGAUCAAUGAAAAGGGAGAAAUAACAUCUAAAAGGACUUACAGAGAACUUCAUGAAAAUGCUUAUAUUAUUGCUCAUAAGCUCUUGACAAGCCAUAAACCAGCCAUCAAACCUGGAGACAGAGUUCUUUUGGUCUACAUGCCUGGCCUGGAGUUCAUUGAUGCCUUCUUUGGUUGCCUAAGAGCUAGAGUAAUACCAGUUCCAGUUAUUCCUCCAGACCCAUCUCAGAAAGCCGGACAAACUCUUCUCCAUAUUCAGAACAUUGCAAACAAAUGCAAUGCAGUGGCAAUUCUAUCAACCAAGCGCUACCACAUAUCCGUUAGAGCAUUUGCUGCAAAGAACAUUAUUUUUUUGGCAGGGAAAAGUAAAUCCUCCCCUCAAUGGCCUGACUUGCCAUGGUUGCAUACUGACUCAUUCAUAAAUAAAAGUAAUGAUGGAACAUACUUCCAAGCCAUGGCUCAAGUAUCCAAACCGCUGCCAGAGGAUUUAUGCUUUCUCCAGUUCACAUCAGGUUCAACUGGUGAUGCUAAAGGAGUUAUGAUCACACACGGUGGGCUCAUCCAUAAUGUGAAAUUAAUGCGUAAGAAAUACAAGAGCACAUCAAAGACAGUCCUGGUAAGCUGGCUGCCCCAGUACCAUGAUAUGGGAUUGAUUGGAGGGCUUUUCACAAGUCUAGUAAGUGGUGGAUCUGCAAUCUUAUUUUCUCCGGUAACAUUCAUCAAAAAUCCACUUUUGUGGCUACAAACAAUGAGCAAAUAUCAGGCCACACACAGUGCUGGCCCAAACUUCGCUUUUGAGCUAAUUAUAAGAAGAUUGGACCACAAAAGUAAGAAGGAACAGAAUAAGGAACUGAAUUUGGACCUCUCCUCAAUGGUGUUUUUGAUGGUUGCUGCAGAACCCGUGAGACAGGGCACUAUAAAAAGAUUUAUUGAGUUAACUCAGCCUUUUGGGCUCUCCCAAGAAGUGAUUGCUCCUGGUUAUGGCCUUGCGGAGAAUUGUGUGUAUGUGAGUAGUGCUUUUGGCGAGAAAAAUUCUAUUAUGGUGGAUUGGCAAGGAAGGGUUUGCUGUGGGUAUGUUGAUCCAAAUGAUCCUGAUGUUGAAUUUAGAAUCGUUGAUCCAGAGACAGGGAAGGAGCACGAAGAAUCUGAAAAAGAAGGAGAGAUCUGGAUUAGUAGUCCAAGUGCCGGGAUUGGAUAUUGGGGAAUGGAAGAUUUGAGUCAGAAAACAUUCAGAAACAAGCUAAAAGGCCAGACAGGAAAAGUAUAUACUCGAACUGGAGACUUGGGUAGAAUUAUUAGGGGGAAGUUAUUUAUCACAGGGAGGAUUAAAGAUCUUAUCAUUGUUGCUGGAAGAAAUAUAUAUUCAUCAGAUAUUGAGAAAACAGUUGAGGCCUCAUCUGAAGUUUUGCGCCCAGGCUGCUGUGCAGUGAUUGGAGUUCCUGAGGAGAUCUUGUUGUCAAAACAAAUCCAUGUUCCUGGAAUAUCUGAUCAAGUUGGAUUGGUUGUGAUUGCUGAGGUCAGAGAUGAUAGACCUUUUACUGAAAAUGUUAUCGAACAUAUUCAGAAUCGUGUUGCAGAGGAACAUGGCAUUACUAUUGCUAAAGUUGUGCUCAUAAAAUCAAGAAGUAUUGCUAAGACAACAUCAGGAAAAAUCAAGAGAUUCCAGUGUCUCAAACAGUUCACUGAUGGCACCUUGAACACAAUCCAACAGCCACGGGUUGAGGAAAAGAGAAAAUCAACAAACGUUGCUAUCAUGAAGAACUGUCUUUCUGAAAGUAAAUAUAUUCAAAAGAAAGACAUUAUUGAUUUCUUACGGGGGCUGUUAUCUGAACAGACAGGGAUUCCUACAGCGAACAUUACUAUCACAGAGAGCCUCAUGUCCUAUGGAGUAGAUUCUAUUGGCGUGGUUCGAGCAGCCCAGAAGCUCUCCACUUAUCUUGGGCAACCAGUAGGGGCAAUUGACAUAUUCACAGCAACCUGCAUUGAAGAUUUGGCAGAUUUUGCUGAAGGCCUUUUGCAGAAAUCUCGACCGCAAUCUAUUACGGAUCCAUCUCCCAUGCAUCAAGUCAAGACUCCUUCUGUCAAGCAAGAGAAAGUCCUUUCAUCUCAUAAGUUGGCUAUUUGGUUCUACCAGGUUCUCGCUCUCAUCUACAUCUCCUUCUUACUGAUCAUUCCUUCAUAUUUUUCUGUAUCGGCCUUUACAACACUAGUCUCUGGAAGUUACUCUCCGGGAGGAUCAUCCUGGGUGGGUUACCUGGUCUCCUUAAUUUGUGCACCUCUGGUUUGGUUACUUUGCAUUUUCUCCACAUGCAUCAGUAUAUCAUUCUUUGGGAAUUCCUUUCUACAACCAAACUAUGCACUAAGCCCUGAAAUAUCCAUCUGGUCGGUCGAUUUUAUAAAAUGGUGGGCACUGUGCAAGGUCCAACAAGCUGCAUCAAAUGUUUUUGCAGUACACCUUAGAGGAACAAUUUUUGCUAAGUAUUGGUUCCAGAUGCUUGGAGCUAAGAUUGGUUCAUCUGUCUUGAUCGAUACUGUCGACAUAACAGACCCUUACCUGGUUUCGAUAGGAGAUGAAGCUGUAAUUGCAGAAGGAGCAUUAAUUCAGGGCCAUGAAGUGAGAAAUGGUAUCUUAAGACUAAAUCCUAUCAGGAUUGGCUGUAAAUCUUCUGUCGGCCCUUUUGCUGUAAUUCAGAAAGGCAGCAUUGUGGGAGAUGGAGCUACUGUAGCAGCUUUGCAAGCUUGUGAAGGAGGCAAGAGUAUUAACAAAACUUUCAUGGCUGACAUAAGUAAAAAGGAAAAGGUGGCACAGGUUAUCACAGGCUUCAAAGGCAACUCUACUUCCCAUUUUACUGGCAUUUACAUGGUGGGAUUUCUCAGCAGUCUAUCAGCAGCUAUUACUUACGUAGUUUACAUAUGGCUAUCCCAUAAGACUCCAUCAUUGCAGCAUUUUGGAUUCUUAUGCUUAUGCGGCACAUUUCACUGGCUCCCGUUCACCAUAAUUGCAUAUGCUACUAUGCUUGAGAAUGUUCCUUCAAGUCCAUUCAGCUUUGCACUUCUAGUCUCCAUUGGUCACUUGGCUCAUGGUGUUAUUCUUUGCUUUCUCACUUCUAUUUGUGUUCAUCUUCUUUCAAGAACAAAGAUGAAGAAAAACCAGCAUUUUGUAACUUGGCUUCAGCAUAGGAUCACUGUCUCCUGCCAUCUGAGAUUUGCUAAGUUUCUUUCUGGAACAGAAGCUUUCAGCAUUUAUUUCCGUCUUAUGGGGGCAAAAAUAGGGCAGCAUUGCUCCAUUAGAGCCGUCAAUCCAAUCUCAGAUCCGAAGUUGGUGUCAAUUGGUGAUGGUGUCCAUUUAGGUGACUUUUGUCGAAUUGUCCCAGGUUUUUAUAACUCCACAGGUUUUGUUCAUGGAAAGGUACAGGUACAAGAGAACUCAGUUGUCGGCAGUCAGGGUCUCAUACUGCCAGGUUCCAACCUUCAGAAGGAUGUGUUUCUGGGUGCACUUUCGGUUGCUCCAGUAAAUUCAGUUCUGCAACAGGGUGGAGUUUUUGUGGGAUCUCAAACUCCUGUGAUGGUUAGGAACUCGAUGCUUUUAUUAGAUGAUCGGAUUGAGGAAAUGGAUAGACAAUAUAAGAAGGUACUUGGAAAUCUUGCAGCAAAUUUGGCUGCCACAACCCUUAAAGUGAAUGCUAGAUAUUUCCAUCGUAUUGGUGCUGGCGGAAAGGGAACUUUAAAGCUCUAUGCUGACAUACCAGGAUUCCCAACACAUAAGGUAUUCUAUCCAGGAAAGAGUUACCCAAUUACUCUCCGACACAGCAAUUGCUUAAGUUCUGAUGAUGAUGCCAGACUUGAUCCGCGAGGUGCUGCACUAAGGAUCCUUUCAGAUGAGAGAAAUUCAACUCCAGUGCUUGAUCUGACAUUGAAGACAGGCAAGGCAUUUCAUGCGCGUUCUAUAGGAGACUUUGCAACAUGGUUAGUUUGUGGAGCUGCAGCACGCGAAGAGCAUGUGAAACAUGUUCCACAUAUCCGGGAAGCUAUGUGGGACUCCCUCCGACAAGCAAACUCAUAUACUGAGCUGCAUUACUAUUCAAAUAUAACCAGGAUAUUCAGAUUUGAGGAUGGACAGGAAAUGUAUGCGAAGUUCAAAUUGAGGCCAUUUGACAAGAAGUUCGACGAGGAUUCAGGAAAAGUAGAACCAAGAGGUUUACUUCCUCCGGAAACCGGAGCAAUUCCAAGGGAUGAAAAUGACAAACGGCCCUUAUUGUUCCUCGAAAGAGAUUUUCAACAUCGUGUCAACUCGCCUGACCGUGUCAAGUACAUUCUUCAACUGCAAAUGCGGGCUGUUCCAGAGGAUGAAAUCACACGUGAGACAGCACUUGAUUGCACUAAGCCCUGGGACGAUGAUGAAUUUCCUUAUAUAGAGAUUGGAGAGAUAGUUAUUGAUCAAGUUCUGACAAAAGAAGAAUCAGAAGCCCUCGAAUUUAAUCCAUUCCUCAGAUGUCAUGAAAUAGAUGUGAUUCGAGCCAAGUCAUGCUCCCAAAGCGCGUCAAUGGAUCAUGGGCGCUCAAUUGUUUAUUCCAUUUGCCAGCAUUUGAGGAAUAAAAAACCGCUUCCUGAAUCUUGGAAAAUGUUCCUGGAUCAGUCUGAUGUAAAGCUCGACCUGUCCGGGUGUCCAAUGGCAGGAGCACUGGAGAAAAACAAAGUCAAAAGAGUGACUCUCGCGAGACCAUGGCAUCAGAAUUUGUGGAUGAUGACUGGACAACCAAUUCUACAGAUCGUCGUGCCUUACUUCCUCAUGGCUUUAGUUAUGUUUGAGCCUUUAAACGCGGUACUUUCCAGAAAAGAAAGCAUGAAUAUCAUUCCAGUAUACUGGUUAAUAUCGAUGUUAUGGAUUUCUACAGGCCUUGUUGCUGGAUUAGUAUGCGCAUUGGCCAAAUGGGUUUUAGUUGGAAAGAAAAGAGACGGUGAAAUUGUGAUGAUAUGGAGCAUAGGGGUGUUUAUGGACACGACAUGGCAGGCGAUAAGAACACUGGUAGAUGAUUACUUUAUGCAGAUGGUAGGAGGUUCAGUUUUAUACAACAUCUGGAUGGUACUUAUGGGUUCACAGAUCGACUGGGACGAUGGUGUUUAUGUGGACAGCUGUGGAGCUACGUUGAACCCCGAGAUGGUGGAGAUCAAGAGGAAUGGUAGUGUGGAGAGAGGAGCUCUGCUAUUUGGACACAUAUAUGAAGGUGAACAAGGCAAGGUCAAGUAUGGAAAGAUUUGUGUCAAAGAAGGCGGGUUUGUAGGGAGCAGAGCUGUUGCAAUGCCAGGAGUGACUGUGGAGAAUGAGGCUUGUCUUGCUGCUCUUUCGCUUGCCAUGAAAGGAGAGAACAUCAAGUAAAACUCAUUGAUAGUGUUUGGUAAUUGCUAAUGAAGAGCCUAUCAGUUCAUCUUAUUGAGGGGAAAGUAAACACUGGUUUGUUAUCAGAGGAGGCUGAAACACCUGAUUUAGUUGCUUCAUAAUCUGUUCCCAGGUUUUCCUAUAUGUUCAACGACAAAACUUUAAUCUCAGCUGUAACUUUACGCCUGGUAUUGCGAUUUUAAUGUUAUCAAGAACAAUUGUUUCCCCUGAGCAUAGUUACCUGG